AUGAAGUUGCCAGGUAUAAAUCUCAGCUCUUUGUCCACCAGUCUCCCUAUGUUUCUCAAAUAUGUUUGUGACUCCAUCGUCCCUCAGAUGUAUGCGCAAUACCACAUGGAUUCAACCAGCCGCACAGCCAGCGAGCAAAGGGAGUCCAUUGCGGGAUCCGGGGAAGCACACGGCACAGAAGCAUCCGCCAACGCUGCAUCCUCGCCCACAUCGCAGUCAGCGACAACGACAGUUCCAGGAUCGUUUCCUCGAUCGCCAGACCCAUAUCCCUCCAGAUCGGCGUCUCCAGCUGCUGGUAUAUCCACCGUCACAAACUUCAACCCGGAAGAGUGGAGCGCCCCUAUAGAUUUCACCCCGGCUGACACCACCGUCAUCAGCUUCCCUGACGACAUGCACACCCAAGCCACCGCAACAGCCCGCUUCAUCACCCACAUCUACCACUGCCACGUCGGCGAUUUAGACUGGGAUAAAGUGACUGCCAAUCUGUUGCAAUGGUGCAGCAUCGAGCAGAAGAAGCAGCGGCGGCGGCAGCAAAGUCAUUCGAUCCCAUGGAGUUCGCGCUCCCCAUGCCCCAAGAAGCGCAAGAACACUCCCAUGGAGCAACUCAAGAAGCCACCAGAGUCGUUUACCACCACGACGACACCCCUCCACGCUCUCAUCAAAUGCCCCCCCUUCGUUCAACUCUUCACCGAACUCCACCCCACCACCUUCCCCGACCUCAGCAGCACCCACGCUGCGGAUUGGGGGAGAUUCAUCCGCUACCAGCCCGGAGGAAGCCACCUCUUCCACGUCACGCAAGACAUUGCCGAGAUCCCUCCGCUUUUUCACGCCGCCAUGAACUACGUGGAGCCAGAGUACGAGUCUAGCUUCGAUUCUGGGAAUGCAGGGGCAGUCGCAGCGGCAGCCACGCCAACAGCCAGGCCUGCGCCUGCGAAGAACUUAUCGCAGUUCUAUGCAGAGCACUAUCCCCGUCGGCAGUGGAAGUGGUAUUUGAAUCGGCGGGCGGUUUGGGAGGUGACGGUGCCGGGGGUGCAGAUUGGUUAG